UCAAACCACAGCAGAGUCAAAGGCCAACAAGCAUCAGCCCAUCCAGACACAGAUAUGAAGAGCAACAAGAUUCAGAGAAACCUGUUUUUGUCCUCCAUUCCUCUUUGUGGUCUUCUCCUCAUCUUAAACCUGGAGCCAUCCAGCACUUAUCCCAUCAACACGGGCUUGACAGACACCGAUAUGGACAUCCUAAAAGUUCUGCUGCAGAAACUUGAAGAGUCCGUUUCAGAGCAGACUGCAAUGGAUCAAGGAACCCCUGAGGAGAAUGCAGGUGUUAACAGACUGAACAUGGAGGAAACAUCUAGCGAGCAGCAGCCUCAGAUGGGCUUGGAUGAGGCUGAAAUCAGAGAACUUCUUUCGGCGAAGAACCUGAAGAACGUCCGGAAUGACUCCUCCAAGAAAACUUCUGGCUGCUUUGGGCGACGGAUGGACAGAAUAGGCUCAAUGAGCACCCUGGGCUGCAACACGAUUGGCAGAUAUAAUCCAAAGUAAAGAUGAAGUCUUACCGUCUAACUGAUGCUACUCCAAAGUCUGUACCAAAGUCUGUGUUCAAUUAAAUGCUAUUUAUUAACUAAUAUUUACUGUUUAUUGUUGUCGCCUGUUGACAAUAUAUAAGGAAUAUUUAUUAAAAUAGAUUUAUUGUUCUUUAUGUACUGUUGACUGUUUAAUAAAUGUUUACAUCAGCAU